GAAUCGAAAAACCGGCCCAUUCCCUUGACGCAUUACACUUGCCAAUUUCCCCCAAAUUAGAGAUUGAAACCCCUGCCGCGAUUCAAUCCAUCUUCACCUCCAGCUAACAACGGGCGCCGCAUCUCCGGCCGCAUUUUAAAGCCCAAAGCCCACACUUCCACCGGAACCGCACUGAAAUUGACGCCGGACCUCUACCCCACCUUUCAAACCACCUGCGCCAAACCCAUCUUCAUUCAGUCGAGGCGUUGGCAGCAAAAUAAAUUUUGGAAGAUGUGGAUGGCAAAUUUAUGGUAGGAUCCGAUAACGAGAACGUUAUGGACAAUAUGAACAUAGUGGAAGAUGAAAAAUUAGGACGAGAUGGUGCGAUUGUUCCCGAGGUGGGUAUGAAGUUUAAGGAUGAAAAAGAAAUGUUUGAGUUUUACAAAAGAUAUGCUUAUAACGUAGGUUUCCCAGUUAGAAAGAGAAAUUCCAAGAAGGGGGAUGAUGGAGUUGUGAGGUAUGUUACAUUUACAUGUAGCCAUGAAGGUCGAAGAAGCAUUAAGAAGCCUCAAGCAACCAUUCCUACAGGUUGUAAAGCUAGGCUGGCUGCAUCUGCAGAUAUUGAUGGAACUUGGAAAAUUACUGUAAUCCAUCUUGACCACAAUCAUAAAAUAAGUUCUUUCAAGUCCAGGUUGUAUCGAUGCAACCGAGAGCUGAGUGCACAUCUGAAACGAAGGCCUGAAGUGUAUGAUAUGACAAAAAAUCCAUUGCACAAAAGUUGCACUUCUGUAGUUCUUGAAGCAGGUGGAGGUGAAAAUAUGACUUAUGUGAAAAAGGAUUGUCGAAACUAUAUUGAACAAGUGAGGCAGUUACGAAUUGGAGAAGGAGAUGCUGCAGCAAUACAGUCCUACUUUUCAAAAAUACAAGCACAGUGCUCAGAAUUUUAUUUUAGCAUGGAUUUGGAUGAGGAGUUGCGGCUAAAAAAUGUAUUUUGGGCAGAUAAUAGGAGCAGACAAGCAUAUAAAGAGUUUGGUGAUGUUGUUACAUUUGAUACCACUUAUCUCACUAAUAAGUACGACACGCCUUUCGUCCCUUUUGUUGGAGUGAAUCACCACGGGCAAUCAAUACUGCUUGGAUGUGGUUUGGUAUCGAAUGAGGAUACAGAUACUUUUGUGUGGUUGUUUAAGACAUGGCUACAGUGUAUGCACGAUCAAGCCCCCCAUGGAAUAAUUACCAAUCAAGAUAGGACUAUGCAAAAUGCAAUUCAGAUCGUGUUUCCGAAUUCGAAGCAUAGAUGGUGUUUAUGGCACAUAUUGAAGAAGUGGUCAGAAAAGUUUGGCUACCACGUGGAUAAGAGUUCGAUAUUUUCGGUUAUGCACGUAUUGGUGUAUGAUUCACAAACUGUUGAAGAAUUUGAAGAAGGUUGGAGAGCGAUGAUUGAUACGUAUGACUUGCAUAACAAUGUUUGGUUGUCGGGAUUGUACGAGAAUCGAGAUCGUUGGGUUCCUUGCUUUUCAAAAACCACUUUUUGGCCAGGAAUGUCAACAACACAAAGCAGUGAGAGUAUGACUUCGUUCUUUGAUGGAUAUUUGCAUCCAAAGACCUCGUUGAAACAGUUUUUUGAACAGUAUGAACGAGCAUUGAGGAAUAAAGUUGAGAAGGAGUAUCAAGCAGAUUUCAAGUCAUACUUUCAAAUGGUACCAUGUGCAACAAAGUAUGAAAUGGAGAAGCAAUUUCAUGCAAUUUAUACCAUUUCAAAAUUCAAGGAAUUUCAAGAUGAGUUCAUUGGGAAGAUUUAUUGCGAAGUCAUAUCUGCUUCGGAGGGAUUUUUGGGGACGACGUACGAGGUAAGAGAGGAUGUCAUAAAUGACGAGCGAGUUAAGAAAAGAAUAUUUUCAGUCUCAUUUCGGAGAGAGAACUGUGACAUUAUUUGCAGUUGCCAUUUAUUCGAGUUUCUAGGAAUAAUUUGCAGGCAUGCGAUCUCAGUCUUGAUUCGUAAUGACAUCACAUCGUUGCCGGAGAAAUAUAUGUUGAGGAGAUGGAGGAGAGAUGUUAGUAGAUCCCACACGAGGGUCGCAGUCAUCUACGGUACUCCUAGACAAUUGAGAUAUGACAAAAUGUGUCGAGCUUUUGCCGAGUUGGCAGACCUUGUUGCAGACGAUGAAGAGCAAACACGUGCUAUUAUGGACUGGAUCGAAUUUCAAUCUAAAGAGCUAAGGAUGACAAAGUCUAGAAGUGGAUGUAAUGUUGAUGAGAACAGUAUCUCCUAGCUUUGUUUUGGGCUAUUUAUGAUUAUGCCUUAUUUUCAAUUGGGUUGUAUUAAUGGGCUGGCCUGAGGCCCCCUUCACUUU